UUUAAUUCUUCUUAUUUUUUAAGUUAUUACAAUUGUCAAGCCUAUGGCCAUACCGAUAACUACUGUCACCACGAAUCUAGGUGCGUCAAAUGCGGUGGAGACCACCGCUCCGAGGACUGCACAAAGGACCGAGCUAGUCCAGCCAAAUGUGCGCUAUGUUCUGAGGUACACACGGCCAACUACAAAGGAUACCGUGUUUAUCAAUCCGUUACAAAAAAAACGCAAAAAUACAAAUGUACCAACGCCUACAAAGUCUUCGUCAAACGAUGUCCCAGGUGAUCAUGCUCGGCAGUUUCCAAGGAAAUCCUAUGCUGCAGCGACCAAAACGUUAUCAUCAACUCAUCGCAGUCCUCCAUGACCGCUAUCCAAUUGGACAAGAACACGUAACCGUUGUAGGACGUGACUUGAGUGUCAAAAGUGCGUGCAGUCGUACACCGUCACCAAAGUCUACUACAGCCUGCUGUUUCGGAUUGCAGCUAUCUGAGAGUGGGCGGUGAGAGACCAUAAAUAUCACGUAGUGGCAGUGACACUUUGGGCGUCUUCAGAGACCAAAGCUGAGGCUCUAGGCCCGAAAGUGCCACAGUUAUAACGAGUUUGGAAGACAACUGCAGUUUGUUGGCUAUUAAAAUAA